CUGAAAGAGGCGAGUCGCUGCGGCAGGAAGAAAGAAAGAAAGAAAGGCAGGCAGGAAGGACCGACAGGAGAGCGAGCGCAGGAGCCGCAGCCACAACAGCAACAGCGGCAGCUUCGUGAAAGCUUUGCGCUUUUGGGGAGUUUUCGUGCUCUGGGCGAGCGCCUUGACGGACGCGCACGAUGGAGCCUUGGAAGCAGUGUGCUCACUGGCUCAUCCAAUGCCGGGUGUUGCCGGUCAAUCACCGGGUGACUUGGGACACGGCGCAGGUGUUCGACCUGGCCCAGACCCUUCGCGAUGGAGUCCUGCUUUGCCAGCUGCUCAACAACUUGCGCCCUCACGCCCUCAAUCUCAAGGAGAUCAACCUGAGACCUCAGAUGUCCCAGUUUCUAUGCUUGAAGAAUAUAAGAACAUUCCUUUCUGCCUGUUGUGAAAUAUUUGGAAUGAAGAAGAGUGAACUCUUUGAAGCAUUUGACUUGUUUGAUGUUCGUGAUUUUGGAAAGGUUAUUGAAACUUUAUCCAAACUUUCUCGCACCCCUACUGCUUUAAGCACUGGAAUAAGGCCCUUUCCUACAGAAGAGAGUGUUAAUGAUGAAGACAUAUACAAAGGCCUUCCAGAUUUAAUAGAUGAAACGAGAGUGAACGAAGAUGAAGAUCUUUAUGAUUGUGUUUAUGGAGAAGAUGAAGGUGAUGAAGUAUAUGAAGACCUAAUGAAAGCGGAAGCAGCACAUCAACUUAAAUGUCCUGAGAAUGACAUAAGAACCUGCUGUCUUUCGGAAAUAAAACAGACUGAAGAGAAAUACACCGAAACACUGGAAUCAAUCGAAAAGUUUUUUAUGGUGCCAUUGAAAAGAUUUCUGACCCCAUCAGAAUUUGAAACAGUAUUCAUCAACAUUCCCGAUUUGGUGAAGAUCCACAGAACUUUAACACAGGAUAUUCAUGAAUCCAUUGUAAGCAAAAGUGACCAGAAUUUGUAUAAAAUUUUUAUUAGCUACAAGGAAAGAUUGGUGAUUUAUGGGCAGUAUUGCAGUCAAGUAGAGAUGGCUAUUUCCUGCUUGGAUAAUAUCUCCAAGACAAAAGAAGAUGUUAAGCUGAAAUUGGAGGAAUGUUCCAAAAGAGCUAAUAAUGGGAAAUUUACUCUGCGGGAUCUCCUUGUGGUUCCAAUGCAACGGGUUCUGAAAUAUCAUUUGCUACUUCAGGAGCUGGUAAAGCACACUAAUGACAUAAUUGAGAAGGCAAAUCUAAAGUUGGCCCUUGAUGCCAUGAAGGACUUGGCACAAUAUGUAAAUGAAGUGAAGCGAGAUAAUGAAACCCUCCGUGAAAUUAAGCAAUUUCAAUCAUCAAUAGAAAAUUUGAAUCAAUCCCUUUUACUCUAUGGAAGACCACAGGGUGAUGGUGAAAUAAAGAUAACAACCCUGGACAAGCGAGCAAGACAAGAUAGGCAUAUCUUUUUAUUUGACUUGGCCAUGAUAGUAUGCAAACGGAGAGGUGAUAAUUAUGAAAUGAAAGAUAUAAUUGAUCUCCAGGAGUACAAAAUAAACAAUAACCCCACCACCGACAAGGAAAAUAAAAAGUGGUCUUACGCCUUCUACCUCAUCCACACACAAGGACAAAACGGCUUAGAGCUGUACUGCAAAACCAAAGAUUUGAAGAAGAAAUGGCUCGAGCAGUUUGAAAUGGCCCUGUCAAACAUAAGGCCCCAGUAUGCAGAAACAAGUACACAUGACUUUAAAAUGUAUACCUUCACUCGUGUAACAUCCUGCAAAGUCUGUCAGAUGCUUUUGAGGGGAUCAUUUUAUCAAGGCUAUUUAUGUUCAAAGUGUGGGGUUGGAGUCCACAAAGAAUGUUUGGGAAGACUCGACAACUGCAGGGUUAAUUUAGUUGAACAUGGAACCCUGAAACAUGAGAAACGACUGAAUGGACUUCGAAAGAGUUCCAGGCAUAUGGACUCAGGUUUACCAAAAAUGCAAGUGAUUAGAAACUAUACUGGGAUUCCCCAGCCAGUUCCACCGGAUGGUCCUCCAUUAUUCAUCCAGAUUGGAGACAUCAUUGAACUCAUCAAAGGAGAUGCACAUAGUUUAUUUUGGCAGGGUAGAAAUUUAAUGACCCAGGAGCUUGGUUUCUUUCCAAGUGAUGCAGUAAAACCUUGCCCAUGUGUCCCUAAGCCAGUAGACUAUUCUUCUCAGCCAUGGUAUGCUGGAAAAAUGGAAAGAUUACAAGCAGAAGCAGAACUUAUUAACCGGAUAAACAGCACUUACUUAGUGCGGUAUAGGACUAAAGAAUCAGGAGAAUAUGCCAUUAGCAUUAAGUACAAUAAUGAAGUGAAGCACAUCAAGAUAUUCACAAGAGAAAGCUUUUUUCACAUUGCAGAAAAUAGGAAAUUUAGAAGUUUAAUGGAACUUGUGGAAUAUUACAAGCAUCAGUCUCUCAAAGAAGGCUUCAGAAGUUUGGAUACUACUCUUCAGUACCCGUACAAGGAAUGUGAAAAUACCCAGGAUCAAAGGAGCCACCGAGCAAGUAGCAAUUUGCUGAGUCCCAAAGUCCUCGGGAUAGCCAUCGCUCGCUACGAUUUUUGUGCAAGAGACAUGCGUGAAUUAUCCCUGCUCAAAGGGGAUGUGGUCAAAAUUUACACAAAAAUUAGUGCCAACGGCUGGUGGAGAGGUGAAGUCAAUGGAAGGGUGGGCUGGUUUCCAUCGACCUAUGUAGAAGAGGACGAAUGACUUACAGAUCCAGUUGGUACUUUUGAUCAUAAACUUCAGGAACUAUGAAAGCACCAUUGAAGUGUCUGCUGAGCAUUAUUCAUCUUGCUAAGUAUUUGAAACUUAGCUCUUCUGUCUGUUGAAACUUUCCAGGCCCCCAACGCUGGAAUUCCUGAAGACGUUUGUGCUGACAGCUUGACUGUCUCACUCAGAGAUGUGCAAAGAAGCUGCUUCACAGCCUCCCACCACUGGGGACCAGUCCCAAACUCUAACCUCACCUUCCUGAAAAAAAUCAUUUCAGAACAGACUUCUUUCAAAAGCACUUCAUUUCAUUCCAGCCACAAUGAAUACUAAGUAUGGCUAGCAGUUUAUGAGCUUUAAGUGAAAACUCUGAUGACAGCUAUCACUUAUGACUUCUUCCAGAGGGAAAUGUUUGAGCAUUCCAGCAAUCACGUGGUCAAUAUUAUUUCUCCCGAAAUAUCUUACGGCACUAAUUAACUUUGCCAACAACUCCACACUUCACCAGUUCUGCAAUCCCUAAAUAUACUUUUUUGGGGGACUAAGCAUAAAUUCAACACGAUUUGCAUGCCAUUUAGUGGAAUGGUGGUGGGGGGAGGAAGAAUACAAGCAAAUUUAGUGUUUAAAUCCAGGGAUGUUUUAACUGGCUUAUCUGAGUCUUUUAUUACAAUAUUUUAUGGAGCCAAUUUUUUUUAAAAAAAGGAGUUGUGACUUAUAUAAUGUUUGAAAAAGGAAUUAAUGGAAAAAAAGCUGCCUAUUAUAGGAUAAUCCAUGCAAAACGUUUAAUACAGAUAGCCCACUUGUGCAGAACUUCAAUCAGAAAUGCAAGUCAAGAAACAUUUAUCCUUUAUUGAUUCGCAAAUGGGACUUUGGAUUGAUUUUGGAUCUGAUUUAAUCAAUUGUCUCUAGUUAACUUUCCCAGACCCUGAGGUUUGUCUUAAUGCUAAAUGAACCAGUUAUUUAAUUAUACAUAAGUUGUAAAAUCUUUGUUCCACUAUGCUGGUAUGGACUGUUUAAAUAAUCAGAUAAUUAUGCAGGUUUGAUUCUUCCUUCAUGCUUGCUUCUGAUGGAAAAGUUGCCUAUUGCUUAUUGAAUAGUUUGCAAAGACAUGUAGCACUUAUAAACUAAUCCAAGUCCAUCAUCAAGCAAUGAUAAAUUAGUAGCGAUAAAGGGGAAGAGGAAAAUGCCCAGGUUAGAAAUGAUCUCAACUUCUCUGGACUUUCAUCUUCAUAAUUUAAUACUAGUAGAUAAUGCUUUUGGUCUUGAGAAUUUCAAAAUUGUUUAUUGGAGACAUUAUUUUGAUGGAACCAAUGACAACCUUUAUAUCCAGUUCCAGAAUUGUAUGCAAUAAAAUGUCCUGUGCUGAAAAGUUAGUUAGGAAUGUGUCCUUGGUACUUUUUUGUCUAAUGGACUGAUCCUUAAGUAGGCAAAACUGCUUGAUCAGGAGAUUUGCCUCUUUUUAAUGGAGAAAAGUUUUGCCUUUAGUUUGUAAAAUGUAAUGUAUCAUAAUAUUCCAUCAUUGCAUACAUGUCUUACAAGGAAGAAUCAACUUAAUGUAAUAUAUAUAUAUAUAUAUAUAUGGAGAAAUGGGUUGUUUGACCAAAACAUUUUGAAGGAUAGUUUAAAAACUACAAUGCUGGUGUUUGGUAAUCUUUAGCAACUCAGGUGGAACUUGAAUACAUAUCUAAAUAAUUGCUUCCAUUAUACUGUCUCAUAAAGCUUCUGCAUUAGGCUCUGUAAACUCUCUCUCUCUCUCUCUCUCUCUCUCUCUCUCUCUCUCACACACACACACACAGAGAGAGAGAGAGAGAGAGAGAGAGAGAGAGAGAGAGAGAGAGAGAGAGAGAUGCCAUGCCACUUGGUAUGCACAGUGAAUCUGGUGAGACUUUUGGUGGCAGAUAAAGGGCAGACAGCAAUUUAACCUCACUUGCUUGUCCCUUGGUGUCACAAUUACCCGUUUCUUCAGCUUUUCUUUCUUCUUUGUGGUGUAGCCCAGGGACGGGAGGGAGUGUCUUUUGCUGCUUGAAGUAUUUUGAGACAGAUUGCGGGCUGGGUCUGGCUGAUCCAUCCAGUGUGAAUCCCUUUGCAUACAUUAACCUUCUCAUUUCAGGAAAGGGACUGGAGAAUCCAGUCAUUGAGGAGCUCCAUAAGUGCACAAAGUUUUAGGUCAGGACUCUGCUCUUUCUCGUCUUCGUUGAAUGCCCUGUGUUGAGUAAGUGAAAUGCUGCAUCACUGCUAUAUUUCAAAUACCAAAGAUUUAGUAGGCUGGAGCCUUGCUACGUCUUUAUUUCCCUGCAAUGCCUAUUUAUUUUCCCAGUGUCAGACCCUGCUCUCCUAUGCAGUGAGCUGGGGCAGUACUUUAAUUUGUAAUGUUAUGUAAAUAUGUGAAUAUAUUAAUAAACUGGUUAAUUACUUGUUUAAUGA